UGUUCCCUUAUGGGACAAAAAGCACUUCAGUACCUUUGCCCAAACUCGCCGUCUUCGAUCAUUUUACCAGAAAUGAAAGGGCAGCGCUAAAGGAAAAACGCACAGCAAAACCAUUUUCCUCAUCUCAUGUGCAGAGGGGAGAGACCGCACUUUUCGGCCAUUCUUAAACUGCGAAAGGACAACAUCUCACACCAAAGGCAAUGGAUCAAACAUAUGGAGAAGUGAACCAGCUUGGCGGGGUAUUUGUCAACGGACGACCACUUCCAAAUUCGAUUCGGAUCAGAAUCGUGGAAUUAGCUCAACUUGGAAUACGACCGUGUGACAUCAGUAGGCAGCUUCGAGUCUCCCAUGGCUGUGUGAGCAAGAUACUAGCGAGAUACAACGAGACGGGUUCGAUACUGCCCGGUGCCAUAGGAGGAAGUAAACCCCGGGUCACAACACCCAACGUGGUGAAAAGUAUAAGGGAUUACAAACAAGGAGACCCUGGAAUAUUUGCUUGGGAGAUCAGGGACAGGCUUCUUACAGAUGCCGUGUGUGAUAAGUAUAACGUUCCCUCCGUCAGCUCCAUAAGCCGUAUUUUACGCAACAAAAUAGGAAAUCUUUCCCAGCCGGGACAAUAUGAGAACAGCAAGCCAAUCCAUCCUCAGCUCUCCUACAACCACAUGUACCCGUACUCAUACCCCAGCGCAAUGUCACCCACUGGGACAAAAAUUGGCAGCGGUCCCGGUAUACCGGUCACGCCGGGCCAUGUCAGCCUCUCCCGCCAUGGUUGGCCUUCCGUGCACACAGUCAGCAACAUUUUGGGCAUCCGAGCCUUCAUGGACCCUGCAGCCAUCGCUGGAACGGAGGGGUACCCAUCAAAAAUGGAGGAGUGGGCGAGCGUAAACAGAGCGACGUUUUCCUCUGCCCAUGGUGUCAACGGAAUAGAGAAAUCCUCCCUAGAGGCAGACCACAAGUUUCCUCAGUCUUCUUCAAACCUAUCUAGUUAUGUCCCUGCUUGUGCCUACUCUCCCCCAAACCAAUACGGGGUGUAUGGUGGACCAGCAGGUAACUAUAUGACAACUGGACACCACUGGCAGUCUCAAAGCACGAGCCUUGCCCACCCCAACAGCGAAGCAACGAUGCAAGGUGGAGACCUCCACAUGGCGAUGUCCUUCAAACACUCAGCACGAGAAGGAGACAGAAAACUUCCCAGUCCCUUGAGCAAGCACCAGCACGAGGCGUUGAGCGUACACGGACUAUCUCUCCCGACCUCCGCUUCAUAACACAACGAAACCAACGGACAGUCAAGAUCACAGGCAAUGUAGCCUAAAGAAAAUGCGUAAAAUUAAAAGAUUUAAAAAAAUGCAUAAUCCACUAGUAAGUGACGAACCUACAUUUUCAACGUCAUUCCGUGUAAUUGCAUUGCAUGCCAAUAGGCUAGAAAUCUAAAAUAAUCGAAUGUCGACAUGAAUGAUGGUACAGUCUUGUUUCACCUGCACCAAUGCAGCGGUGGUGUGUUGAUUAGGACAUCAUUAUUACAUAUUUAAAAUUCCACUCAUUCAAAACUCAUCCCAAAUCGAAAUUGUGUAAAACGAAUGAUGUAGCCAGCCUAGCAGUCUUGACAGUUCCAACGCAUUGUUUCUCGCAACAGAUGGUAAUCCUGCAUGCUCUCUGGGUUCAGACAAUCGUGCACAAUCUCUAUUUGUUAGGCCUAUGUCCGGAAAGGGACAAUUCAAAAUGUUAUUAACAAUAUCAUGUAGGCCUAUUUGUAAUUUUGUAAAUUAUAUCUACAGAAGCUGUAUUAUAUAUUUUUAUAGCCUAACUGUGCGUAAUAAAGGCAUGCUAAACGGGAAAUGCCUCGUUCAUAUCUUUUGGAUUUGCCUAAUUCCUGCAGUUUAUGUUGUUGGCUCCUGGUAAAAUUAAAAUGAUGCAUUUGCAGUUGGUAAAAUAACUUCGAGGUAAGGAUUCAGUAUAACCGUUUUUUCCCCUGAUGUGUCACUCACCAUGCCUCCCUUCAAUUUCGUGCAAACCAAGCUUUUCUGGAGUUAAUGAUGCUUCGCACUUUUCGGCGCCUUGCAAGAUGGUAUCUGUAGGCCGACACCUUUGGCCGGAUGCCACCGUCAGGCUUGCCCCCCCCACCCCAUCUGGGUAAGGAGGCUGGUCGCAAUAGCUACCCAACAAUCAGUACACCAACACGCCCUUAUUUGAUAUAGGCUCCAGACCAUGACAAAAAUCAUACAAUGACGCAUCUAUUGGAUAGCCAAUUCCAAGUCAAACACGAAACACCCGAUAAUCCAACAUACAGUAUCAGAACCGACUGUACACAAACCUCUGGAGCCCCUGAUCAAUUCAAACAUCACGCAGAAAUGCAGGUCAUGCGUCCGCAACUGCGGUUACGCACCGUUUGCAUCAGUAAUCAUAGAAGGAUACAAGACAGACGUGUUGUAAAGCGAACGCUAAUAAUGCUAUGCCGGGAGGAGCAUUAACGACGUUUAAAAGUGAUAUGUUGUAAAUGUACCUCCAUUUGGGACUGCGUAUCGUGUUGAUCUUCAGACAAACAUUCGAGCUUGGGUUUGAUCAAUUGUUGACCGUGAGCAAGCUAUGACUGAUCGAUUAAACCAGACUGCCCACAUUCACAGCUACAUUUUCCCUCUAUGCACAUUUGUUUUUGCUAAUUGUUUAUUUCAGUUUACAGUUUACGUCUGUUCAACUGAAUUCUGAUCGAAUGGGUAUUCGCCCAUCCAAACCGUGUGAGCUAUAGGUUGCCUUGGAAGUGGAAUACACAGAGAGAUCAUAUGCCUAAUCGAAAUUAGAUUAAUAUAAGAUUAUAUUUAUUAUAUUAUACUAGUAUGAAUGAUAGGCUACCUUGGACAGAAUAUAUUUUGAUAUGUAGUAAAUUGAAAUGAAUCCAACUCAAAGCCUUCUUGAAAUACUACAAGGCUACUGUAAUUUAUUCUCACUACAAUAAGGUAUUAUGAAUAUAAACACGAACAUGAAUGUACAGUAUGUAUUAAGAUAAU